CAUUAAAGGGACUAAAAUAAAUUAUUUAACUCGCAUACAAUGGGUUUGGGAUUUGGUUUUAACAACUUAAAAAAUACAGAUAAUUAUAUGUUUGCAGGAGAAGCAAGAAGUGAUCUUGAUAUUUCACAAGGCUACGUUUUCUCUCUCAAUUCUUUAAUCUUUCAAAGUCUUGGUAAUCUAGAAUUGCUGAACCUUCAGAACAAGAUAAAUCAAAUUCAAAGGCAAGCAUUUUUUGGCUUGGGAAACCUAAACACCCUCAAUCUUUCAAGUAAUCUUUUAGGCGAGUUGCAUGAUUAUACUUUUGAGGGUCUACACAGUGUAACGCACAUUGAUUUACAGCAAAACCAUAUUGGGAUGAUUGGUGAGAAAUCAUUCAGUAACUUCAAUGCCAUUAAAAAACUCCCUUCCUUUCCACAUCUGAUGUCUGCCUUUUUAGGUGACAAUAAGCUAAUGUCUGUAGUUGGCAGAGCAAUAGCAGCAACACACAUUGAAUUAGAAAGAAAUUAGUUGGCAAACCUGGGUGACCUGUAUAUUCUUCUCUAAGUUCCAGAUGUGCAGUAUAUCUUCUUAAAACAGAAUUGCUUCUCUUACUGUGUGAAAAGUAGUAACAUUUUAAAAAAGUUAAUCUAUAUGGAUCUAAGUGAAAAUAUGUUACAGCUUGUGUGGGAGACAAAUUUAUGUUCGGAUGUGUUCAGUGCACUGUCCAAACUUCAGGUUCUACAUCUGAAGAACAACUACCUUAGUGCUCUUCCACAGGAGAUUUUUAGAGGUCUAACAUCACUAAAAGGACAUAAUCUAGCUUCCAACCUACUGUCUCACCUUUCUCCUGUGCUUUUUCCACAAAGCCUAACAAACCUAAACUUAUCUGAAAACCAGCUUUUUUCCUCCUAACCCAAAGUCUUUAUGACUUUGAGUAUUCUGGAUAUAACACAUAAUAACUAUGUCUGUGAUUGCAAUUUAAAGAGCCCACUAGUGUGGCUAAAUGAAACCACCUGCAUUUGCAGGGUGCUACUGUUGUCUCUGAUAUAUGAUGGCUGCAAUAAGAUUAACUCCAUCACACUCAGAUUCUCAGUAUUCAUCUUCACCUUUGUCACUCUUCUAAUGUUUCUGAUGGCAAUCAUUAUUUUUAUUCGCUGUCAGGGAAUCUGUUUCAUCUGGUAUAAAACUCUCACCCAAAAAAUUAUAGAUAUGCACAAGUAGCAGAUAAAAAUGAAUAAAUAUGCAUAUUUGUGCUACAGCAAAAAUUACUUUGAAUGGGUCCAGAAUUCUUUGCUUAAGCACCUGGAUUCACACUAUGUUGAUAAAAAGAUAUUUAUUUUGUGCUUUGAGGAAAGAGAUUACUUGCCUGGGAAGGAACAUAUCAACAAUAAUUGUGAUGCCAUUUGGAGCAGCAGAAAUAUAAUCUGCAUUGUGACCAGGCAGCUUCUCAAAGAUGGGUGGUGUGUGGAAGCCUUUAAUUUUGCCCAGAGCAGGUACUUCAGUGAUCUAAAAGAUGUCCUCAGUAUGGUAGUGCUUGGUCACUUCCUCAAUAUCAACUGAGGAAACACAAACCAAAUUUUUUUACAAAGAAGUUGAUAUUUGCAGUGGCCUGAAGAUUAUCACAAUGUAGACUGGCUUUUAAAUAACCUGUCUUGCCAAAUUCUGAAGGAAAAAAAAGUGCAAAGGAAAGCCAGGGAUACAGAGCUGCAGACUGUAGCAGCACUCUCGUGUUGA